AUGGCGACAAGUGAUUGGAGUUCAACGUACACGGACCGCGGAUCUCUCGGUCGCCCAGGAAGUGCGUCCAUUUCUCCUAUUCCUGUAUCAACGGGUUCGCCUCCGGAUAGUGGAAAUAGUUCUCCAAAUUCUCCUACGUUUGCUCAGGAUGUAAGUGUCUUUUAAAUUGCUGUUUCUCCCUACAAAAGGAGUGAGCUCCUGGACUCCACAUGUCUGCGAUCGGAGCUCAGCGAUUCGUUUACUGUCUUAAUUUUUGGGCACUGUGAGCUUACUGUUUACCAUUAGAUUAGCUUUAAUGCGCUUUUUUAUCUUUUCACUCUGACACUAUGAUUGUGCCGGUUGAUUAACUUGAGACCAAGAAAACAAUAGCAUUAUAUUCUCUUCGAUCGGUUAAAUCAUAAUGCAUUGCUUUUUGGUAUCUAUUCAGGAUUUAUAUUGCUGAGUUCUUGUGUUAAAAACACGAUUAUGUUUGAUCGGUGAGUGCUUUGUAAUCUGGAGUGAGCAUGUCUUCGGCCAUUUAAUAAAUUCUAAAACCUCCCAGUGGAAAAGAAUUUUAUCACAGGAGGUGAAUAAAUAUUUUUCAAAGAAUCUGAAAAAGUUUUAUAAUCCGUAGAUUGGUAAGGCGAUACACAUUUUGUUUGGUUUGUUAAUCAUCAGCUGCUAACAAUGCAAAAAGUCACAUAAAUGAGGUAAAAAUAAUAAACAGGCUUAGAUGAAAUAUUUACCAUUUGCAAUCCUGUUUCAAAUAUUAAUUUUGGCCUUAGAUUUAAUGAAAGUUUGUAAUUAAUUUUUUUUCUGGAAGAGCUUUUGUCUUUACAAUGAUUUACUCUAUAACAUUUCUAUGCAAUAAUUAUUUAAUUAAUUUUGUACAAAGGGGUCAAGCAUCAAAGGAAAUGAAUUUGUGUUUGCGUUGCUAACACCAUAGUGUGAAGUGUUUAGGAACAAUGAAAGAUUUUUAAACCAAUUCAGACAUUUUUGACAACUGAAAUGCUUUUGAACAAAUUUUUGCAUCUUGAUACCCAUUGCAUGAGUGUAAUAUUACUCCAUACUCUCAUCAAAUAAGGUGUCCAUAUUGUACCAGUCAAUUUCAAAACUGCCCAUGUAGCCCAGCCCCUCCCCCCACAUUUAACAGGCUUUCUCAAGUGCUCCAACAUAACAGUGAAUAUAGGAGCAAUGACCCAUGAAUGUGGUGCACAGCAGAAUGCGGAACGAAUUACAAAAUCCUUUUGCUGGCGACACUGCAGAUCUCCAUUUUGACACAAAAGUCAAAUGCCGGACUGGGUGGGCCUUAUUUUGGGUCAAAUUCCCCACUGCAUGGAACAAAACUCCAGUCAAAUGCCUGUUUGGGGGGGUGGAUUACGGUUUUCGAACUGACUGGUACAGAAGAUCAUCCUUUUACUAGUAACACCCUUCUGCUCUAAAACCAAAAUUAUGAAAAUCCAAAAUUUCAUUAAGUUGAAGAAUGAGAUACAAAUAAUGAAGACAAUACUACAGCUGAUAUAUUUUGCAUAAGACCAGCUAACUUACACUGUACAACUGUAGUCACUUACAUAGGGCCAUGGUUCCUAGUGGAGCAUAAAGGCCAUGGACAACAGUCCUCUAUCGAACUUGGAUCCUGGCUCUUGUUACUACCUCAGCCCACUGACUCCCAGCCUUUCAGCCUUUUAAGUUCUUCCCCACUGUCUCGUCUCUAGCUGUUCUUAAGCGGACCCCUCUUCCCUCUACCCAGGGGCUUUCAGGUGUCAUGCUUGAUGUCAGUUUUAUUAUCCCCUGUCUACCCCCACUAAUGCCUUAGGAUUUGUUUUUUCCAUUGGUUCCUGGGCUUGACUCCCAAAGCUCCUCAUUUUGACUUUUUCUGGCCAUCUGAUCUUGAAAAUGUGCUGUCUCAGACAACUGUUGAUAAACAUCUGGAUCUUUUGUAAUGUCUCUGUCUUUUGCCAAAGCGAUUUCAUAAAAUGUCCACAUCACAGGCUUUUAUCCACAGACUCAAAAUUUAUGAUUUUUUGUGUUUCCAUGAUCAGGUUUGGAAGUAAAGGGUUCCCUUAUUAUAGGAAAUUAACGCUCCAUGAAAUUAAGGUAUUGGAAAUUAAUGUGACUUAAAUUAAUGCAAAUUAAAAUGGACUUUCAGUUAAACAAAAUUAACCCAAAAGAGAUGGUAACAUUUCAAAAUGAAGGAAAUUAAUUUGAUGUUCACCAAGAAGCAAAACUUGUUGAGACUACAAGAACAAUGUUAAAUAGAUGAUCCAAAAUAAAAAUUUGUUCAUGGUUUUGUUUCCAUGUACUUACAUGUACAAAGGGGGUCAAGUAAAGAAAUUUGGCCACUUUGAAGGGUCUUCACAGUUUCACCGUUACUGGCAGAUCUUCACCCUGAUAAAAUACUCCUCUUCCUUAUGUGUCAAGAAUGUCAGAAGUGUAUUGAGAAUUUGGGGCAAUGCUCCUCUUAAUUAAUGACGCGAAAAAUGAUGUUUAUAAAAUUUAACGCAAUUUAAAUUAAUUGUGAUUUUUUAAAAUUUGUAUUAAUUUCAUGAAGCGUUAAUUUCCUAUAAUAAGGUAUAAUAUUAAAGGUAAUGAAUAAAAAACCAUAUUCCUUGACCACUUUAGAGCAUUGAGCAAGUGGAAGACAUGGGAGAAGUUGCAGGAAAUGAUGAUGAAGUUGCGGAUUACCAGAGAGAAAUUCAGGAUCUCAGGCUACAAAUACAACAGUUACAGGAUGCUGGAAAUGUGAAGGAUUUCCCUGGUAAGGGGAUUGCUUUGGGAUUUGUUUUAAAGUGAACAUUGACUUACAUGUAAGCUAGAACUUCAGCCUUUCAUUGGCAGCAUUUUGAAAUCAAACAGCUUUAUCGCUUCUAAAUACUAGUACUGGAUCUUCUACCAGAGUCCAUUUAAGGAGUUUUUUUAAUAAAAAAUUUAAACUACUAGAAUCAUCUUUUACAGCAAAGUAAACAGUACCUUAGGAAAGCAUCAUGCAGAAGCUUCAAGCUAAAUUAAUAGAUGUUCAUCGUCAUACUGAAAUCAAAAUUAAGGGAUGCCACAAAAGCUGGCUGCUGGCUUAUUUCACUGGCUGAAAAAGAGCUUACCACUGGUUCCAGUUGCAGUUGUAAUGAGUAAAAAACCCCCCUUGACUAAUUUAAAAGCCUGCUUAAGCUUUUUCAUAGCUACACGAUUGUACAUCUCUGCACCUGGUUUAGAUUUCACUACCUCCUUUUAGGUUUCAUUGGAAUUUGACUUUUCUUGCUUAGAGAUCCAUGGGAUCAUUCAAAAAUCGAUCAAAAAAAGAGCCAUAGGUCAGAUGGUAUAAUUGUUUCAAGGUGUCUUUAAUCUGUGUAAUGUUUUUUAUUUUUACGAAAAAUUUGUGUAAUUGUUUGAGUGUUUCUAUCUAGAUGCCAAUGAACUGAGACGAAAACUUGCUCGUGGUGAUGAGGAGCAGGCAGAGAAAACCAGACAAUUUAAUGAAGAGGUAAUGUACAUUUUAAAGACCUGCAAGUUACUCAACUAUAGCAUUUAUCUCAUUUACUUUAUAGUUAAUUUGUUGGAAUUUGUCUGUAAUUUGUUUGACUCUAGGAUAAACAAAAAGUUAUAUUCUCAGUCUCAGGAAGAAAACAAAUUCCUGUGCUUGAUCACUCCCCUCAUAUAAGAUAAGACUCAUGUCUCUAUGUUUGUGCCUUUAUUAUUGCCUCUCACAUCAUUUUUCAGAUCAUGGGAUUACAAAGCCAAAUAGCCAAGUUACGCUCCACUGUAGAGAAGGGAGAGGCUAACAGACAAAAGCUAGAGUAUGAUUUGACCAUUGCAAGCCGAACAGCUAAUCAAGAAAAAAGAGCAGUGGCAGAGAGGGAGGGAGCAUUGCAGAAAACUAAUGCAAGUCUCAAAGGUAUUGCCAUAUUUUUUUUCAUCAAGACUACAACAUGCACGGUCAUUCAAAUGCUGGAUAGCUCUAUCGAGUGAAUAAAUCACCAUGGAGAGGAUACAAUGUAUGUAUUUGGGAAACCAAUUGCCUAAUGCACUGGGUAGAGAUUUAUAUGAUGGAUAGUGUUAUCCAGCUUUUAAACAACUGAGACCUGGCUUCAGUCGUUGAAAAGGUGGAUAAUGCUAUGCAGUGGAUAAAUCUCCAUCCGGUGGAUAGCUUAAUAGGCUCUUUGCAUGCCUUGAUCAUGUUAUCAACUUUCGGUAAACAUGAAAACAGUGCAUUUUGGAAAAAUUUUAUUAGCACAAGCUGGAAGAGCAUAUUAAAAUUGGUUAACCUGAGAAUUUUCAGCCCUAUACAGGGUGCACAGAAAAUCAUUUUUACAGCUUUUUUUUUUAUAUAUAUAUAUAUAUAUAUAAUUCUUUAUUGAAACAAAUUGAUAUUAAUACAACAAAUUAGUUACUUACCUACAUAAUUAUGAUGUUACAACUAAUAUUACUAAUACUAAUAAUAUAAUACAAAAAAAAAAAAAAACCAAUAUCACUAACAAUAGACGGUAACCAAAAAAAAAAAAAGAAAAAAAACAAAAUUCAAACAAACUAGAAAUGUGGAUGCAUAUUAAAACUUUAAAUAGUUAAGCAUUUACAAGAGGGGACAGUAUCCAUUUAGCUUCAAAGAAAUCCUUUGUUUUUUUACUAUGCAGACUUAUAUAUUUUUCUGUGUCAUAUUUUAAAGCAAUUUUCUUUUUAAAUCCAUAUAUAUUCGGAAGAAUUUGACUUCUUCUGCAAUCCCACAAGUACAAUUUCCCAAUCAUAAUAAAAGAUAGUUUACAAGCUUAGCAGAAGGGGAGUUUUGUCGUAUUAUUCCAACUAAAACAUCUUGCGACAAAAGUCGAAUGUUUUCCUUUAAAAGUUAGUGCCAGAAUACUUCGAAGUCACACCAGAAAUCUACCGAGAAAGGACAGAGAUAUAGGAAGUGAUAUAGCGUUUCUGGUUCAGAUGAACAAAAUGAACACGAGUCAUUCAAUUUAAAGCCAAUUUUGUAAAGUUUAGCAUUAGUAUAGAGAAUGGAGUUAAGAAUUUUGUAUUGAAAUGCCUUAACAUAUGCUUCAAGAGCAACACUAUGCGGGAUCAUAAAAAUUUGUUUAACUUCCUCGAGUGUGAAAUGAAAUUCAUUUUGCAGCUUGUUUACAUUAGUUGGAAAAAGAGCCUUUCUGCUUACAAGUAAAGGAUAAUAGUCUUUAGAUUUCUUCUUUGUGACAUCAAAUAUAUUAUCGUCAAUUUUUAGAGAAAGUUCACCUGUUGUUGAUUUAUGAGUACAAUUUUUUAAAAUGGAAGGAAUGGAGUGUCGAAGACCUGCCGAAACUAAAAAAUUAGUUUUAGAAAUCCUGUUAGAAACUAAGGAAAAGGAAUCUUUGUUAUUCAAGUCAAAGGAUAGAUCGCUGAUGUGAACUACACCAACUUCGAAAUAGCUUUUAUAAUAAACUGUUUUUUUAUUAAUGAGUAUUUGUUUGUUAUUCCAAAGAAUAUAACGCCAGUCUUUUUCUGAAGAGAACGUAUCUCUAAAUUCUGACCACCACUGCAGUAAUUCUAGAUAGAAUAGAGAAAUAUUCAGUGGAAGGAUACUAACAUCAUAAUUGCAAUGAAACAAGAAAAGGCCGCCAAAGCGUUCUAGAUGAUGUGUCAGAUACCUUUUCAUUUUUACAGCUUGCCAUUCGGGCAAGCUGAAGCUAGCAUUUACUAGCCCAGAUGUCAUUUCAACUAGCCCCAAAAACUUUUUGACUAGUAGAAUUGAUUUCACAGUUCUUCUGUUAUUCAAAUUCCUCAGAAAACCUCACUUGCCCAUUGGGCAAGUUAAAAACAGAAUUCACUAGCGCGAUAGCAAAAUCCACUAGCCCUCGGCUAUCGGACACUACUUUCUUUGCACGCUGCCUAUAUCUCAAAAGUAGCGAUUUCAAUGGCUGCCGAAAGUUGGGAGCAUUUGUAUGAGAAAAACAACUUUUGCCACCCAGUCCCACCUGCAUUGUUUUCCAUACAAAUCCCCAUAGUUUCAAAAUUUUCAAAACUUUCGGGAAAUAUUUCAUCAAGCAUUACAGGGCUCAAAUCUCGUUUUAAUUCGUAACAGGCAAUUUGAGCCCUUACAUGCGUAAGGGAAAGAUUUAACGACAGUUUAAAAGUUUUAGAAUUUACAAGGAUUUGUAUGGAAAACCAUGCAAGCGUGACUGAGUGACAAAGGCUGUUUUUCUCAUACGAAUGCUUCAAACUUUUGACGGCCAUUUCAAUCGCUACUUUUGAAAUACAUGGCUGAAAAUUCUCAUGUUCCUUAAUUUUAAUAAGCUUUUCAGCUUGUGCUAACAAAAUUUUUCAAAAGUGAACUGGUUUUCGUGUUUACCGUAAGUUGAUCACGUGAUCAAGCCAUGCAAAGAGCCGAUUGGUUUCCCUAAUAACUUAUCCACUAGUGUACCAACUUUUGAACAACUGGGGCCAGAUGGCUAGAUUGGCUAGAGUAAAAAAUUAUACUUAAUCACUUUUGCUUGGUAUCCUUAUGUGAUGGACUGAUUUAUUGUUGUAGCAGAGGUAGUCUAUGUUUUGUAGCAGCAUAGGCGUACGGGCAAUUUUUUGCCAGGGGGGGCGGUAAUCCAUUUGCCCAAAAAAUUCUUGCAAGUUGCCCAAAUUUUUACAAAACAGUCGAAAGGAAACUAGGGCCAUGCAACAAAAUAGGCCGUACUGGCAUAUGAAAGUGGCUCGAUACAGUUUUUCAGAGUCAAUACCUGCCAAGUUUGAGCAUAAACUUCGUCGCCAUAAACAAGCAUUUGGAAAAAAUUGACACCACAGUUGUAUUAGAUAAAGAGGGAAAUUUGUCAUGAUCAGGGUUGCAAUGACAUCGGAGCUGUCAUAGCAAUGAAAUGACGCCAUUACCUUAUUCUACUUGCAGCAAUAUUUCUCACUGGUAACUGUUCUUACAAAAUCGUUCAGGGGAGCUCUUUCCUCCAAUAGUCGCCUCGAUGUUCGUGAAGUUAAAACGGAGCUGUAAGAGCGUUAUCGAGAUAUUUUGGGAUGAAGUUUUUAUUGUUAGAAAUAAGGUAAAAAAGGAAAAUCUUGAUGUUUAGUCGCAAUCUGAAGAAAAGGAAACGCUUUUAACAUGCAUUUUCACCUCAUUAAAAACGUGUGUGAAAGAUCAUGGAGAAUUGCCAAUUGCUAUAAAGAGGGAUUUGAUAAGCGCUCGAUCUUGUUAGGGGUUUUGUAAACAUUUCGGUCUACUUAAACAAAUUAAUGAAUAAUUUUUAAACCGCUCGAUAGAUUUUGUUAAAAAAAUUAUGAUUCUUCUCGUAAUUCAAAUUGAGAAUUAGUCAGCCACUUCUUCACUUUCAGACCCAUUGCUGAUGCGUGUUCUGCCACACACUGUUCUAGGAGCGGAGGUGAUUCUAGAAAGUUAUGCGGAAGUUUAUUCUAAUCAAUUCAUGACUGGAAAUUGCCCAUUCUAGCUAGUGCAGUGAAGUACAGUGCCCAACAAUAAAAAAAAAAUCCGCAUAUGAUACCCUUCCCUUAUAACCAGAAACUCAUCACGUGCUAGGCAACCACUGUCUCGUGUGAACGUAACUGAAUUAUUACUCCGACUUCUGGUUAAAAUAGGAAAUAUUUAUCUCUUCAAAAUAAUAAUAAUAAUAAAAAACAUGGAAACGUCUUUAAAAACUGGCUUUGCCCAAAUUUUCUCUUGCUGCCCAAAAAAUCUGAGUUACCCAAACUUUGGGGGGGCUGCAGCCCCCCUCGCCCCCCCGGCCCGUACGCCUAUGUGUAGCAGAAGUAGUCUAUGCCGUUCCUCAUUUUCCUCUGCAACAUGUAAACCAUAGAGGUGGAAGAAGGUGCCAGGCUAUUCACCAGUAUUUUUAAUUCUGGUUAUUGUUUUUUUAAAAUUCAAUAAAAGAAAACAACAGUCAGCUGAAGAAGCAGUUGCACAAUUUAGAGGAAGCCUUGGAAUCAACAAGACAAUCUGCAAAAAACGAAGAACACAAGUCAAAUCUAUUGAUUGCAGAAAAGGUAAAAAAAACUCAGCCAAUUUCUGUUGUCCAUUUUUAUAAGGAAGUAAGUAACCUUUAUUUCGACAAGGGAACAAGUCAGUUGUAAAAGUAAACAAUAAACACUGUUUGCAUAUUAUAGGAGACUAGCUUCAGUAGCUGUAGCCACACCCAGCAAGUUAACUGGGUUAAUUUUGAAUAAACUGGGCAAAAAUUGCUCAAAACGUGACUGGUUUAGUUUUCAUGAGCAGUUAAGCGCCUAAUGCAACUGAUAGCUUCUUAGACUUGAAAUGUUGGAAUUGUCAAAUUUGAAUUUGUGAUCUCUGAAAAUUACUAGUAAUGUACAAAUGUUUACUUCUUGUAUGUUUGUAGGAAAACAUGAUCCUUCAACUUACAAAUCAACUCCAGAUUGAGGGUGAAGAAAAAAGAAAGCUCCAUAUUGUGAUUGAGGAACAAGAGAGGUGACCAGUUAUUAUCAGAUACAGCUAAAAUUACAUUUUCAGGGCUGUCAUUAAAAUUUUAUGGCCCACCGACCACUUGGACUUGACACCAAGAUUGCUCUCUGUUAAACCUUUAGUCUAGACCAAGUAAUACUUGGAUAGGAUAUACUGUAUAUUCUCCACACACUGUUAUCCAUCCAUUUCGUAUGGUGUUGAUGAGCAGAAUUUGUUUGACGCGGUCAAAACCUUUUCCAUUUCCUUUUUUUCUCACAACCUUAUGAUUAACUGAGCUUUGACCAGUGUCACAAGGAGGAGAUGCUAGAUGUUGGUCUUUCUUAGGAGUUAACAGGUUAAAGUACAUGUUAGUGAUUAAUGUCUUCUUUAUGGGAAAAUGCAUGUAGUACAUAAUGCUGUUAAAAUGGUCUGUAGUGAAAUACCCUGCAAGCACUAGAGGUGCUUCUCUCUCCUUACUUUCUCUUUUUGACUUUUCUACUGAGGAAGACUGAAGGGUCUCUGCAUGCCGGGUAGCAGUGGAAUUGACUCUCAGAGUUCUUCAUUUAUAACUUAGAGAUUCUUAAAGAAACAUACAUGUGAUUUGCCUGUCUCUUCAUUAUUUUAUAGUCCCAUUUAAUGGGGUUAUAAAGUACAAAAGAGACGUUGCAUCAAAAUUACUGGAAUGAUUGAAAUCUUGUGAAGUAAGCAAGCACUCAGGUGCUGUACUAUGUGCAUUUUGUUGAAGUGACAAAAAGAAAUUGUCUUGACUGACCAUAGUAUCUGUCCCUUGGUUGCUGAGUAUUACAUUAUUUUUGGAAGUAUUAAAAUGUUUAGAAGUUCUUACCAGAGCGAAACUGUAGACGUCAACACAAGAGUUGAAUUGAGCAUGUAACAUCAUUUUGUCAACAGCUUAUAUUCGGAGCUGAAAGAAAAGUGUUCCUCCCUUGAAAGUAAGUUUUUUUUUCUUUGUGAAUUUUACUUGUUAACCGUUUUACAGUCAUUUCUUGAGUUUUUUACAUGAUUUAUUUAUAUAUUUUUAAAAAUACUACAAAACAGCCCAACGGUCAAGUCAGGGAGAGACACUGCAAAAACAACAGAGAGACUUGGAAUUUUGUUCUGAGAAAGAAGAACGAUUAAAGAAAGAGAUUGAGGUAUCUUAAUUUGUAUUGUAUUUUACAAUGUAGGACUGAAGAUUUCUGGUAAAUGCUUAGUGUCUCAGUAAACAGUCUAGAGAAGGAGCAUGAUCCCAUGCAAGGCCCACAGGGUUGAAAAAAAUAUUUUCCAGAGUGGGUCUCCCCUUACAUCAUAUCUCAAGAUCUGGAUAGAUGUUCCUACCCCCCACCUUACCUCAGGAUUUGCAUCUGCCACAGGACGUACGUGUCGUAACUAUGACUGUUAGCCACUCCUCCUAAAGGAUAAUGGAUGGUCCUCUUCCAUAUUUGGAUUUAUUUUUAAGCAGCAUUUCUUUUCGGUCAUGAUGUGUGCUGUGUGAAGGUCUUAUAUAUAGACAUAGUGCACUUACUAAAUUUUUCAGAGCUAGAAGGUCAGACCAGUUUAUUCCCAAAGAAAAUUCCACUACUGCUCAGGACUGCGGAGACACAUAAGUGUUUUCCUAAUAACUCAGGAGCACUGAGUUUUUGAGAAAAGACUAAUUUUGCACUUUUUUAAACUGACUGCAGUUCAAGCCAACCAGUUAGUUUGGUAAGCACCCUUAGUUUUCAGUUACUGUAAAAUCCAAAGUUUGGGUAUAGGCAGUAAUUUUAAAAACCAGGUGUUGUAGUCUCGGGGUAACAUUGUGUUAGAGGUGACUAGAGGGAGCCAAGCACUUCACAAGUAUUAUAACGUAAACAUUUCUGUUCAAUCAAUCCAAAAUCAAGCAAUAUCAAGAACGUAUCAAGUCACUGGAAGAAAGCAUUGAGGCUGAGAGAGCUGCUCAUUUAGAGACGAAGUUUAAUUCUGAAAUAAUCCAGGUUAGUGUGGAAGAAGUUUAAUUGCAAAUAAAUUAUUCAUUUAGAAACUGUACUUCAUGUCAAAAUUGUUAUAAAAUUCUUCUAGAAUUCUUUCGUGAUAGAUUUAGAAUUAAGAAAAUAACAAAAACUUAAAAGUUUCUAAAUCAAGUUUCAAGUUUUCUUUGUUUCCACAUAUUAAUUAAACAUUUAUUCGAAAUACAGGGAUUAGAAAAAAUGUGGAGCUGUGAGAACGAAAACCUAUGGGGUGGAAUUCAUAACUAGUAAAAGAUAUCAUGCAGUUAAGUUAAUUACCGUUAAAUUCCGAAAAUAAGCCCCUCCAUGUAUAAGCCCCCCUAAUCCGGUAACGCAAAAAACCCUCCGUUAAAUCGCCCCUCCAAAUAUAAGCCCCCUGGGGGCUUGAAGUAGGAAAAUUGCCCUCAAAUACAAAGUAAAACAAAGCAAAAACGGUAAAUUUACUUCCAACUAUAAGGCUUUGAAACGCAAAUUUCCCUCCGUAGAUAGGCCCCUCCGAAUAUAAGCCCCUCCAAAUAUAAGCCCCUCAAAAAGGGCCUGCGAAAAAUAUAAGCCCUGGGGCUUAUUUUCGGAAUUGUACGGUAUCUGGCGUGGAAUAGACGGGAUGGUUUUGGUUUAGCAGUGCUCUCAUUUUCUCUUAUCGGUCUCACGUUUCUUCACCUUUCUCACCUAAAGAGUGAAGGGGUUACUAAAAAAAAGAAGUAAGCCUGAUUACUAGUUAAAAUAAAUCCAAAGAAACUGUUCAAGCUGAGAUAUUAUUUCACUUUCUUUGUUCAGCUCAGGGUAAGAGAUCUUGAAGGUGCUUUGGAGGUUGAAAAAUCAGAAGUUAAAGAAGUUAAAUACAACCUGGAGGCACUGACUAAACAGCACAGGUUUGUUUCUGUAGAGAUCCUCCUCCCUAGAAUUAUAGUAAUCACAGGGCUCAUACAGAGUCUUGAAUUCUUGAAAAAGUCUUGAAAUUUGCAAAGCAAUUUUCCAGGCAUGGAAAAAGUCUGGAAAUUAGAUACUAAGUCUGGAAAAUUGUAAAAAGUCUGGAGUUUUCUUUUAAAGCUACAACAAGUGCUCGUAGCCAAGGCAUAUAAUCAGAGAAUGAGAAGUUUCAUAACUCUCCUUUGUCCGCAUUGGACAGUACCGUAUCGUGGUUACUGACAUUUGCAGUGCAUUUUGAAAAAAAAAAGGUUUUUCAAGGUCUCUAUUGACCACCUAUUUGGUAACAUUAAGUCUGGAAAAAAUUGUUUUGGAAAAAUGUCUGGAAAAAGUCUUGAAUGUACGACCCCUCUAAUAAUAACUAUCAAAUUAAAUCAAGUUAAAUGCUUUUAAGUAGCAAUUGAAAGUCACCCCCCCCCCACACACACACACACACACACACAAAGCGAUGGCUCCCAGAAGAAGCUGCGUAAUUGGAUCAUCCCACGGGAACAGACCACAAGGUUUCAUUUCUUGACGACUAUCAAGUAAACUAUCUUUAGACCUCAAUGGGAAUGGUCACCACUCACCAAACUUGCCCAUACAAUGACAACUCCAAAUUAACAAAAUGUUAGCUGAAUCUGGGAUGGUGCUAGUUUACAGGGUUGAAUUAUUUUGUGUAGGGAACUUGAGGCGGCUUUUGAUGAGGAAAGAGAUGCUUGUAAAGCUGAGAAAUCGAAAGUUGCACGUCUGGAAGAGAGCCUUGGGUCAGAGAAAAAGAAGCUUCAAGAGGAAAUAGACGAAAAACUUCAAAUCAUCACAGAUUUGUCUAAGCAGCUUGAAGUACACCAGAAAAACUUUGAUGCCUUGAAAAUGGAGCUCAGUCAGGUGAAACGUUAGGAUUGAUUUAGCUUCUCAGUGUGUUACAUGAACAAUGUUUUUCACCUGGUCUUCCUGUGGAUUAUAUUGCCCAAGUCUAAAUCUUCCGAGCGACGUUUUUGCCAUUUGGUCACAAACAUGCAAUCUUUCCACUUGCCUUUGAGUCAACACAGGCUCAACUUUCCAAAUAAUAGUCAAGCACUGAAUACCGAACGCUAUGCGUACGUAUUCUCGCUGAACUAAAUGAAUGAAAGUUCAGAGGACUUACAGCGAAGCACUAGGAAAAGUUAGAACAGCGUCUUGUUGGUGUUUUCUUUUUACUCGUGCCAUCCCAAACGAAAACAUCAUUUGAUCAUCGAUGUCUUUUAAACUCACUGACUAACCCUAACCCCUAACUUUCAUUACCUCUUGACAAAUUAUUCUUGUGCAAUUCUUUCGCUUACUGGAAUCAUUUUUAAGUUCAUUUGACCUCCUUGACUCUUGUGGGCCUAAGACAUUUUUUCCAUCGACAUUAACAAACAAGGUUAUUAAAUUCUCAAAGGUCGUUUCUUUUUUUAGGCCAAAAAACGCCAGAUUCAGCUGGAUACAACCUAUGGAAGUAGCAUGCGAGAGCUGGAAUUGCUUUUGGAUAAUUUUCAAAUUGAAAAACCCGAGGAACAUAAGCGGCAAGGUGACUUUUAAACUCUGUAAAGACCUAACUCGUUAUUUUGUUUUAAAAUAAUAAUAUUACGUUUUCUUAACCAAGAAGGGGAUUGGACUGAGUAGACAGUUACGAGGUAAGGAAGUACAAUACUUAAGAUAUCCAGCUACACCCAACAAACAAGUAAUAUGUAGCAAAAGCUUGGACUGCUGAUUGCAGACACUGUUUGUAUGUCCCUGGAGAUUUUUAUCGUGGUUAUCCGAGCCAUGCGAAAGGUCUAGUCGUUUGCAGGAUAUGCUGAAAUGUUUGUCAGUCAACCGAGAGUAUGUAAGAGUUUUCUCUCCUCUUUUCUUUACAGGUCAGAGGAAAGAGAAAAAGAAGGCUCUAUCACCAGCUGCUGUGUUGGAGAAUCUUCGUCAUACGCUGGUAGAUUAUCAGAAUAGAUGCUCUAAUGCUUCAGCUGAGGUAAUCAUUGUAAGGAUCUAACCCCUCAAGUGUCGCCCAUCUAAAGGAUUUAAGGGCCCUAAGUUAUGCCCUCUACUGUAGCUAAGCUUGUGAUUGCCACCUCCCACAAACAAUUAUAUAUAUAUGGACAUAUCUUUUACUAUAACUGGUGAUCGCGUGUUUAUGUGGGCUGGGUUUAACUGAAUCGAUAUGUAUUCAUCGUGGGAUUCAUAUGGGCAAUUGUUUCCCUUCCGGUAUAAAAUGUGUUACAGAUGUGGCUUGCUUCUUUCUUUUCCGAAUCUGUGUAGCUAAGCGCUUAACAUAAUGUUAUGCAGAAAAUCAAACUAACUAUUCCCCUCGAUCGUAUCUAGUUCUUUGGCCUCUCCUCUCAGUCAGGCAAAAAGGAUUAUGGGAUGGGAAAGAUGGCUCUUUGCCCACAGUUCUUCUCCUUCCCAUGAUACCCCGCGCCUUGUUGAUUAUCAGUCGCUCGCUUUGUUUUGGGUGGUCUCUCGAAGAGCACCCAGCAGAGGCUGCAUAUUCUGUUUGUAGUUGUGUGUCAGCGUCAUAUGGCGGGUCAGUCAUUUCUCAUUAGAAAUAACUGUAGUGAAUUUUUGUCUUAGCUCAAACAGUUGAGAGACGUCGUGGAAAAGUUAUCAGCAGACUGUGAGCAUUACAGGGAAAUGGUGACCAGCAGAGAAAAGGCCAUGAAAGUAAGUUAAUCGUAAGUGAUAUUCAAAAUUAGUUCCCUCUGACUUGUCCUGGUCUUGCGUUUGUUAUAGUACUGACGUCGAAUAAAACAGCUUCAGCCAAUCACGACUAGAAAAAAAACUAAACCUGUUCAAACACAUGCUUUACCAACCCUCGUAUCCUAGGCUCGUCAGAAACCAUUUUUUCUGGCAGAGCCUUAAGGCAGUGCAAUUCUUUUCUUUUUUUUUUCUUUAAUCCAGAAAACAUUUUGGAUUCAGCUAUGUUAAGUGCAGAAUUUUUUCAAACAAUGAGUCAAGUCGUGUUACCUUCAAAAGCGAGGAUCUCAGUGUUUCCUUUCGGAAGACUUUAAACUUCGCCGCCGUCAGGCUUUUUGCUUUCGCCACAACUUCGCGUCUUUUGUCGCCCGGAAUCGCUUGUCUCGUUUCUAUGUUAUAUCUUCGGUAGUUUUUAAAAGCACCUAUCAUCACCGUGUAUCCAACCAGUAAAAACAAUUGCUUUUCGAACACAUGACUUUUUCUUUUCUCUUCAGGAAGCAGAAAGCGCCAUGUCGUCUAAAGCGAAGGAGCUGGCCAAGUCACGUGCUGAAUGCGCGGAAAAGGAGACCACGAUAGCGGCCAUGAAGAUUGAGAUGCAGUCGUUGAAUAAAGCGGUAGAGGAAGCAAAAAACAAGGUUCAAAACUCAGAGGAGGAGGUAAGAUUUGCUUAAUUGACGACACUGAGUUAACCGCAAAGGUUGCUAUAAACCGCAUAGGUUGGUUACUUGCUGUAGCUGUAGCGCUUCCUCUCUGCCUUGGUGUUUUUCUAGGCCUUAAUCAAGGAAAAUCAGAUUUCUUCGCGAGGCUCUCUUCUCUUAGGUAUCCUUUGUUUUAAAGCAGAUAUUUUCAGAAAAGCGCGCUAACGAAGUAUGCGAUCUUUAUGAUAGUUGUCACAAAAAAUGUUCUUGUAUGGUCGAAUCAGUGAUAACAUGGAUCGUACACCAAAGGGAUAACACCAUUUGCUGUUGUCAAGAGUUUCUCUGGUAGCAACAGAUCGCACUUAAAUCGGUUAUGUUCAAUGUCUUUUUAGUUCGUUCCAACCUUAGUAACUCAUUGUUAAUGCAGGUGAGACUUGGCAAGCCAUUGUUGUGGAAAGUUGAAGGGGAGAGGUUAAGUUCAAUAAUUGUUCGUAAAACCAGUUCACAGUCAUCGUUAGCAGAAAUUAUAAUAACAUUUCUUUAUCGAUUGCAGAAUACCAAAGUAAAGAGCGUCCUAAGUCGCGAAGAUGAGGCAAGUCUUCUCCAAAACUAUUUCUCAUUUCUUGAUCUUUCAUAACGCUUACUUGCAAAAACAAAGCAGAAAGCAGUCCUUUAUAGAUACUAUCAUUUGCUAAAUAUGCACAAACAGAGUUACGAUGGGAUCUAUUUAACAGUUUAGACUGCUCACUAAAUAGGCAGUGCACCUGGGCGGUUCCCGCCGGUUAAACUGGGCAACCACAGUCAAAUCCUCUGCAAUGGACACCAAAGAGGCAGUCCCAAGCAUCCGUUUUAUAACUGUAGUGGGGAUUGUAUGAUUUUCAUUGAGUAGAGGUUCGACUCCCUGAAUCUAAACUGGUCUGGCCAUCCACGAAGACUUGAGAAAGCAACAAAAAGGUCUACAUAGCAAGCUAGUUUUUCAAGUUCGUCAGACAGGCGAAGGUUAAAUUGUGUCUUCAAAUUUCUGUCUUUUGAUUGUUUUCUUGUUGGUGUGUUUCAGACCCACCGCAUGUUCCUGCACUCACUCUAUCAGCGGAUGCUCACCGGACAAGUGUAUGUCUCAUCACCAGACUCCGCGCUGUCCAGAUAUUCCUGGACAGACAUGUGUAAUCUGGUCUCGGAACAAGUGUCAGCUCAACUCAGUGAAUUAAAAAGGGCCAACGAGAGGGUUAGUACAUUGGAACCUUCUGACUUAAUUGUUAGUCGCUAAGCUCCAUACCUUAUCUUCACGGCACGAAACAUGAAAGUUUCAAUUAAACUCACGUCUAGAACGUGCGUGGAUUGUGCAAUGAAUGGAAGUUAUGCAGAAAGCCAGUGAGUUAGUGCCUGUUUACAUGGAGGUGGGGGACCCCAGAUAGGUGAGGUAGCAUGAGGCGGGUCACCCCACCUAUCAUGUAACAAAUUAAAAUGAAAGAUUAUAUGGACAGGCGGGUUACCCCACCUAAGCGGGUUACCACACCUACCUGGGGUCCCCCACCUCCAUGAAAACAGGCCCUUACUCUCUUUCUCUACUCUCCCCAGGGCUACCAUCUUGCUUUUAGAGUCCCUGAGCUCCCUCUUUGACCCUCUUAACCCCAAGAGUGACCAACAUCAAUUUUCUCCCAACAAUAUACACAAUUAAGAGAAAUGGUUAUGAGAAUAAAUAAACGAAAUGAUCACCAAUAAAUUCUUUAAGGGAACGUAUAGAGAUCAAUGUGGAGAAUUUUUGGGUGGACACUAGGGCUAAAAGGGUUGACCAGGAUAACCACCUGCAGAGCCAAUAAUUUGUAACCAUUCUAUAUUUCCGGUUGUCAAAAACUUGAGGGAGGCAGCUAACCAGUGUAGAGUGCUUCCAGUGAUGUGCCAUUUCCUAAUCACCUUUUGUAAAUAAAGGUCUGCCUUCAAUUAAAAUUGGAAUUUGUUUCUAGAUUCAACACCUUGAAAGUGUUUUGAUGAGCAAAGAAGAGUCCCUUCGACACGCUCAAGAGGCGCAUGAACAAACAGUCUCCAAGGUAAGAUAUGUAUUCUGAUUUCGUUAAAACUUAAGAGACAACAAAACGGAAAAAAAAACUGAAAAGUUAACUUAAACCAAACUGCAGUUUUGACUUCUCAAUAGCGAGCCAUGAAGUUACUGAAAUAAGUGAUAAACUGUGACGUGUUUCAUCAUUGCUUGAAUUCCUCAGUAAGUUUGUACGAAAUCUAGUUGUUCGAGUUUGGAAUUUUGAAAUAAUACCUUGAAGUCAGAAACGCGUAAUUUACGUAUUUUAGCCAACAACUUUCAUUAUUAUAAAAUGUGUCAUUUUGUUUAAAUUGCCAGCUUUCUUCCGCCAUUAAAGACCGCGAAAACUCGUGGAGAAAACAAAAGAGUGAAAUAGAAGAACACUACAGUAACUUAAUAAAAGAUCUGCAUACAAGAACCCAGGUACAGUAUACUUUGCUUUUUUUAUGUUUGACUUCGAGACAAGAACUCGUGUGUUCGUGCGAAAGAGGCUGGCGACGAUCAAAUAAAAAUCAUGUACCUAAACCAAUCACGAUCUCCUCAAAUUUCAAAUUUUUCUCAAAUUGUUUUCUUAGUUUUCUCGUAUUUCCCGCUGUGCUUCUUACUGGAUUUUGUGUUUCUUGAGAUUUGUCAGAGUACUGAGUUAGUUUGAGUUGAGUUUCACUGCUUGAGAGGAAACCUUUCUAUGUUAAAUAUUUUGUUUCCUUUUUCGUUUGCCACAGAAAACCCAGUCGAUGGCCGACCAAGCUUGGGAAAGAGCACAGGAAACAGGGCAAGCUAAGGAUUCACUAGAAAUGGAAAACGCACGACUCCAACAGUCACUGGAACAAAGUCAAAGAAGUGAAUCCUCCUUAUUAACUGUCUGCGCGCUUCUCGCAGGCGCCUUGUGGCCCGCAUUUGGUCGAAUACGGGCAUUAGCGUCACAGCGAAAAAUUUUAUCCGACUAUUUGAGAACUUUAGAAUCCCUCAGAGAUCAGUCUAACACGUUAGGUGAAAUGCUAAGCAAUGAAAUGGAAGGCGAGAAGGGAAAAAAGGAGGAGACAUCCGUGAAGGGGCGUGUCUUAAGAGAUGGACGGAGCCCUGUUUUGGUGUUUAGAGUCGGCGUGAUCACUGUAAUUGCAGCGAACAGGCUGCGACAUUUUGGUGCUUGUAGUUUAAAGUUGUUCGUCUCGUCUGAAUCCCCGGGAGAGUUUGGCGGGAUGUCGACUGUCUGUACUGGAAAAUUGUCGAGGAAAGCACCAGAAUUUAAAGGUAGAUGAUACGUUUUGAAUGCGUGAUGUCUCUCUAAAAAGUAUUUGUUUAUGGAGGCAUUUUAUGACAAUUUUAGCUUGUCAAACAUCUACUCUCCCUCCCGUCCCUCCCAGCCCCACUGAAGUUGCUGUGGACAUUUUCCAGUAGUAAACAAUAAAAGCAGAUCUCUAAGUCCUGUUUAGUUUGCAUGGCUCUUGAAAGCAAUUUUUAGAGGAAACAGAACUUCCAAUGGCGUCAUCUAAAACUCAACCGGAAUAUCCGAACGCAAGUAUUCGUUAUAUUUGUUUCUGUCUCCCAGAUCCAGUCCCUGCGCCGUAAGCAUGGCUAGUUCCAGUCUCUAACCGAGUGAACUACAGUAACUGGCGCAAAUGGUGUACGCUGAUCUCGAAUGUAACAUUUCCAGUUGAUCUGCACCAACCAUUUUCUCCUUUCAAUUCGUUUGCAGCAUUAUUUUGGAAUUAACACUGAUAUCAAAACAGUCUUGAUUUCCAAAAACUUUCGAGGCUUCAAAAAGAAAAACAGCUGAAAUCCUCCUAUUUUACAGGAAUUGCAGGUUACCACAGGAGAGAAUCACUUUCAGGGGAUACAUCACAUGCCUGCUUAAAAGUGACGUCAGCACAGGCCUGGUUUACUAGCCUGCAAUUGCAAAGUCACGUGACCAGUGCAGUAAGUGAGCUACAGUCAGCACUGGGAAGGAUGAGGGAAGCCCGGGAUGGAGAACCUGAACGUGACUCAAGAGGUUAGUAAGAUAUUGAAGAGAAUUGAACACGCCAUAACAUUUCGUCACCUAUCUUGAUAUUUUUAUCUGAGAGAAAGCAAUAUGGAAUCUUUACUCUCGAACCUCUGGGUUAUAGGAAAUUAACGGUGCUCAGAUUGUCCUUGGAUUUUGCUUAUCUAAGUGCCUUUUUUCUUUGCAGAUAACACAGGUAGAGUGGCCAGUCCCGCUUCCGUAACCAAUGUUAUCGCGGCGGCCAGAAAUGCUUAUAACAAAAUCAUCUCCGGGCUUCAAACAGAAUUUAGUGGCCGGGCAAUAGGAGAAGAGUCCUGGCACGAGCGGUACUCUGGUUUCAGAGGGGAGCUUAUGGGGCUGUUAGGCCUGGGGCUACAGAAAUGGUUAGCGAGAGGUCCUGCCCCUGGACUUUCUUACAUCUCUUCUCAGGUUUGUUAUACAUGGUGUUACGUAUGCUGAAGUUUUAAAAAAUCAUACUAGAAAUUAACCCUUUAAAUAUGUCAAAAUACCCCAUGCAUUUCUUAUAAAAGUAAUGGGGAGAAGUAAUUUAAGUAUCAGAUAGAUAGAUAGGUAUAUAGAUAGGUACUUUAUUAAAUACAUUGCAGCAUAAGCUGAAUUGCGUACUUACAUAAUGAUAAUAAUUUAUACUAACAAUUGUAAAUAUGGGCAAUAAUUGUAAUAGCUAAAACUAAAAACGUAUAAUAAGAAACCUAAAAAUUAUUUACAAUUCUGCCUGAGGCCAUAAAAAACUGUUCUUAAAUCUAUUUGUCUUGCAACGAGGCUAAAUGAAAGUGCGCGCGUGCCUUAGAUUAUAGUUGCUCUAUAUGGAGGCGGCAACAACUUUCUUAGCUUGUGGUUCGGGUCGCUCAUUAUGCUUUCAAACGUGCGCGUGUAAAUGUUGUGGUGAUGCUCCGCAACCGUUGGUAAACUCAUAAGCGCUAAAGCUUGCUGAUAUUCUAUACCAGGACAUAUGAUUCGCAUUGCUCUUUUCUGAACGCGUUCUAAUUCUUGCGAAAGGUAGGCUGGUAGCGCGUGAUGGAAAAAUGGCGCAACAUAGUCAAUGACGGAGCGCACGCAUGUGAUGUAAAAAAGGCAUAAAUCUUUCUGUGGAACACGAGCUCUUUUUAGCUGAACAAGAAAAUAGAGCCUCUUAGCUGCCUUCUUAGUAACUUCCGUGAUGUGCGCAAUCCAUGUUAAGUCACCAGAGAUAGUAACACCCAAAAGUUUAAACAAACUACAGGAGGGGACCGGAGGAAAAAUUGUCGACGCCUCCCACCUAGGAUGUUUCCUUAAUUAAAGACAUUAGACGAGUUUAUUACUCACACAUUGGUUAUAUACAUAUUUUUUUCACACAGCGGACAAUAGGCGCACUUCAGAGUCACAUCCUGGGCUUUACUCAGCGGCUUCACUCAGCAGAAGUGGACCGGCGUGCACUGCGCCUUGAACUGUCCAAACAUAAACAGGAAACCGCGGAGGUCAAGGGGGCCCAGGCCUCGGCGGAGUCUCAGUACCGUAAGACAAAAGAUGAAGCGCGCGCCCUGGAGGAGAGACUCCAGGAGAUAAAAGAAGAGGUAUGUUCAAAAUAUUCUUUUAAAGAAGGAGUGGAGGGAUGAUGGAAACCGAUCGUUUUGAUACAAACCUGUUUCGAUACGAACUCAAGCAGUGAAACUGCACAGCGAUUUCGAUCACUUCAAGUAUAGUUUGCGCGUUAACAAGAAAAAAAAGGUGAAUAUUUCUCGUUCUUUAAGCCAAGUACACCUCGACUGAAUCAACAUGAAUCGAAACGACUUAAUAUCAAAACGACCGGUGUCCAGGACUGGAUUGAACGUAGUACAAAUCUUAAAGUGUUUGUUGUUAGAGGUGAACUCAACACUGAACCCUGUUCGUUUGCAGCUCGAGUAUGUCAUAUUUUAAGUUCCUUUAUUUUUCUGAUAGAUGCUAUCCAUGGUUCCCAUGGCCCGGUUCGAUAGUGUUUGCGAGGAACUCAACAACGCAUUAAAACGAGAACAACAGGCCCAGGCCCUGCUCCACGAACAGACGGCUCAGAUGCAGGAGAUGGGGGAUCGCUUGGAACUUCAUGCAAAUCAGGGCGAGGAGAAGGACGUCACAUUGGCUGAAGCUGUCAAGGUACUGUGCAUACAUAGUGUAAUUGUCGGCUUGCUAUAGAAGUGACCUUACAGGGCCGUGGCCUUGCGGAAUUCCCGCCCAAAAGUGAAACGGCGCAUUUACGCUGAAAGAAUGCGCCUCUAAUGGCGCGCAAAGAUGCUAUGAGCCAAGCGAAGGCUUUGAAGUAAAUAGCUCAUCACUUUUUUAACAAACAAGGAAAGACUCCAGCUAUUUACCUGAAAUAUGUUGCAGCUGCUUCGUUUGCCCACCUCAACCCCACGUGCGUCUAUCUAAUUGCUGAGUAGCAACAGGAGAGUGAGAGAUCCGGGGAUGUGAAGUUCGAAAGCUGUACCCGUAUUCAGCUUUGUAUUUAUGCUCAAAUUAAAUGUGAAAGUCGCUAAUGGAACUACCGUGAACACUAACAAAAACUUGUCCCUCAACUGAUCAAUUUUCAAUUUCCAACUUGUUUCCUCGUUCAUUGAAUAUCAUUUGUGUUGUCGAAUAGGGCCUCAGUGAAGCCAAAAUGGAACUUCGUCGUAAAGAACACGCUAUUCGCCAGGUAUCCAAACAGAUGAGCUAUAUGGAAAGCGAAAAGAACACUUUGAUGGACAGGCUCAGUGAUGCAGAGAAAACCAUGACAGCUGCCGCUAGGUUGUUAAACUUUUGUUACGUUUCUUUGAGAAAUUUGCGUUAGAAUUUUAGAUUUUAUCUAGGUUUUAGCACACGGGAAUGCGCGGUUAAAUGUUACACUUUUUCAGCGUGAGAUAACUUUUCUUAAUACAUAGUAGGACUAAACCUUAGUUUAAGUUUAACAGAAUUUCCAAAAGUUUUGUUUGAAAGAAUAAAUGUUUCAGUUCAACAAGUCAGUAACCUAUAUUUACAUGUGAAAUUGUUAGUGGGCUGGACUGCAACUGCUCAUUCAUAAGGCUAAACCACUCAGGUCUGUAGAUCAAUGGAUCAGUAGAUCUGUAAAUCGAUGGAUUGGUGGAUCGCUAGAUUGGUGGAUCUGUAGAUCAACGGAUCAUCAGUAGAUCACUAAAACGGUGGAUUUGUGGUAGAUCGUUGGAUCUGUGGUAGAUCUCUAGAAUGAUGGAUCUGUGGUAGAUCGGUGGAUCUGUAGAUCAAUGGAUCAGUAGAGCUAAAGAUCGAUGGAUCCCUAGAUCUGUAGGCCUGUGGUAGAUUGCUAGAUCGGUGCAUCUGUAGUAGAUCGCUAGAACAGUGGAUCUGUAGAUCGAUGGAUCGCUAAAUCAGCGGAUCUGUGGUAGAUCGUUACUACGGUGGAUCUGUGGAUCAAUGAAUCUGUAGAUCGGUAGAUCGGUGGAUUUGUAGGGUUAAUGGAUCAAUGGAGUUGUAGAUCGAUGGAUCGCUAGAUUGGUGGAUUUGUGGUGAGUCGGUGGAUCUGUGGUAGAUCGGUGGAUCUGUAGAUCAAUAAAUCAGUAGAUCUGUAGAUUGAUGGAUCGGUGGAUCUGUAGAUCAAUAGAUCAGUAGAUCUGUAGGUGGAUGGAUCGCCAGAUCAGUGGAUCUGUAGAUCAGUGGAUCGAUAGAUCGCUAGAUCGGUGGAUCUGUGGUAGAUCGCUAGAUCGGUGGAUCUGUAGAUCAAUAAAUCAGUACAUAUGUAGAUCGAUGGAUCUGUAGAUCAAUAGAUCAGUAGAUCUGUAGGUGGAUGAAUCGCUAGAUCGGUGGAUCUGUGGUAGAUCGCUAGAACGGUUGAUCUGUAGUGGAUCGCUAGAUCAGUGGGUCGGUAGAUCAAUAAAUCAGUAGAUCGCUAGAUCGAUGGAUCUGUGGUAGAUCGCCAAGGCGGUGGAUCUGUACAUCCAUGGAUCAGUAGAUCUGUAGAUCGAUGGAUCGCUAGAUCGGUGGAUCUGUAGAUCCAUGGAUCAGUAGAUCUGUAGAUCGAUGGAUCGCCAGAUCGGUGGAUCUGUAGAUCAGUGGAUCAGUAGGUCGGUGGAUCUGUGGUAGAUCGCAAGAACGGUCCAUCUGUGGUAGAUCGGUGGAUCUCUGGAUCAUUAAAUCAGUAGAUCUGUAGAUCGAUGGAUCGGUGGAUCUGUAGAUGAAUAGAUCUGUAGAUCGAUAGAUCGCUAGAUCGGUGGAUCUCUAGAUCCAUGGAUCGGCGGAUCUGUAGAUCAGUGAAUCAGUAGAUCGCUAGAUCGAUGCAUCUGUGGUAGAUCGCUAGAUCGGUGGAUUUGUAGAUCCAUGGAUCAGUAGAUCUGCAGAUCGAUGGAUCACCAGAUCGGUGGAUCAUUAGAUCAGUGGAUCAGUAGAUCGAUUGAUCGCUAGACCGGUGGAUCUGUGGUACAUCGGUGGAUCUGUAGAUCAAGAAGUUAGUAGAUCGGUAGAUUGAUGGAUCGAUGGAUCGAUGGAUCUGUAGAUCAAUAGAUUAGUAGAUCUGUAGCUCGAUGGAAUCAGUGGAUCGAUAGAUCGCUAGAUCGGUGGAUCUGUGGUAGAUUGCUAGAACGGUUCAUCUGUAGUAGAUCGCUAGAUCAGUGGGUCGGUAGAUCAAUAAAUCAGUAGAUCUGUAGAUUGAUGGAUCUCUGGUAGAUCGCUAAAGCGGUGGAUCUGUACAUCCAUGGAUCUGUAGAUCGAUGGAUCGCUAGAUCGGUGGAUCUGUAGAUCCAUGGAUCAGUAGAUCUGUAGAUCGAUGGAUCGGCAGAUCGGUGGAUCUGUGGUAGAUCGCAAGAACGGUCCAUUUGUGGUAGAUCGGUGGAUCUCUGGAUCAAUAAAUCUGUAGAUCGAUGGAUCGGUGGAUCUGUAGAUGAAUGGAUCAGAAGAUCUGUAGAUCGAUAGAUCGGUGGAUCUGUAGAUCAGUGGAUCGCUAGAUCGGUGGAUUUGUAGAUCCACGGAUCAGUAGAUCUGCAGAUCGAUGGAUGACCAGAUCGGUGGAUCAUUAGAUCAGUGGAUUAGUGGAUCGCUAGAUCGGUGGAUCUGUGGUAGGUCGCUAGAACGGUUGAUCUGUAGUAGAUCGCUAGAUCAGUGGGUCGGUAGAUCAAUAAAUCAGUAGAUCUGUAGAUCGAUGGAUCUCUGGUAGAUCGCUAAAGCGGUGGAUCUGUAGAUGAAUGGAUCAGUGGAUCUGUAGAUCGAUGGAUCGCUAGAUCGAUGGAUCUGCAGAUCCCUGGAUCGCCAGAUCAGUAGAUCGCUAGAUCGGUGGCUCUGUGGUAGAUUGCUAGAACGGUGGAGCUGUGAUAGAUCGGUGGAUCUGUGGUAGAUUGCUAGAACGGUGGAGCUGUGGUAGAUCGGUGGAUCUGUGGUAGAUUGCUAGAAUGGUUGAUCUGUGGUAGAUCGGUGGAUCUGUAGAUGAAUAAAUCUGUAGAUCGGUGGAUCUGUGGUAGAUCGCUAAAGCGGUGGAUCUGUAGAUUAAUGGAUCAGUAGAUGUGUAGAUCGAUGGAUCUGUGGUAGAUCGCUAGAACUGUGGAUCAAUGGAUCAGUAGAUUUGUGGAUCGAUGGAUCUGUGGUAGGUCGCUAGAGCGGUGGAUCUGUAGAUGAAUGGAUCAGUAGAUCUGCAAAUCGAUGGAUCUGUGGUAGAUCACUAGAACGGUGGAUAUGUGGAUCAAAUUAAUGGAUCAGUGGGUCUGUCAGGGUUGGCCAAGGCUUUCGGGUAUACAAUAUAUUGGGGUAUUUAAUAUGAGGUAUACAGUAUUUUUAUAGUUAAAAUUGGGUAUAAACUAUUUACUUACAAAUAAUUUUGGGUAUAAAGUAUACCAUGGUUUUCUUAAUGUUGGUAUUUCACACGAGUUUUAGUGGUAUGUUGGAAGGUUUAUUUCGGCGGGUAUUUUGGUAUUCAACUACCCCCUGGCCGACCCUGACCACUCAGAAACUUUAAUUUGAAUUUUUACUUUUUGGGAUUUUAUCCACAGAUGAAACUCAAAAAUAAACAGUUUGAAUAGGUAUCGUAGAUGGAUUAUAAUGGGCAUCGCACAGUUAAGGUUGUACCUAAUAAGAUCUCUCUGUUGUUUUUGUUUUAGGGAGAAGGAAGCCUUAAUGGGUUAUUUGAAGUCAGUCGAGCGAGUCCUGGAACAGAGUAAAGAUCAAGUGCGACUAUCCAAGGGUGCAUUGGGGCCCUACGAACACUCCCUUCCCCAGCUUAUUCUUCCGACCGAACGGUUGGCAAUGGAUGGGUUAAGCCUGGGCCCCGAGUUACUGUCCUGCCAGGUACUUAAGGCUAUCAGUUGAAAUGUGAUGUGAGAACCGAACAGUAAAACCCCAAACGUCUUUUUAUUUGUUAAUUUGGUUUGUUUUCUAUCAGCACGUAGUGACGUCAUUUAUGGAGUGUCAACAGCAGGCGCUAGACCGCAUCUCCGAACUUGAAAUGGACAAGCAACAGGCAUUGUCACGCGUCACGCACUUGGAAGAGGAAAUUGAAUCACACAAGGCACACAUAGCUACUCUAAAGAAAGAGCUAGCAGCUGCGUGCAGGAGACCCAUGAGUGAUGACGGCCUUAGUGACCAUGGACAGUUUAUUCCUGGCGUGGUAACGUUUUUAUUUGACUUUCCUUAAUUACUCCUAUUGAUUUUCAUUAGCUUGCGUCGCUGGCGGGAUUACGCGGGCUAGAUUUUCAUUUGCCUUCUUUUCCUUAAGCGAACUACAAGUGGAUACCACUAAACACCUGCUUUAGAAUGUUUCCAUUUAAACUACCUCUAUACUGCACGUCUCGAUGUCUUUAUCACGUCUAUAUGACACGUCUCGACGACUCGUAGCUUGAGUAAUUUUUUUUGAGGGGAGGGAGAGGCUGUACACAGGCUAGACGACUUGCGACCCUUGCGGUCAUAAAGAUUGUGACUACCAUGAUCCUUUGUAUUUCACUGACACGAGUUAUUUCGCUUUCUGUUACAGGAUGGUUUUGGUGCUAAAAAAGCAUCGCUACAUAACUUCACAGAUUACAGAGAUGAGGAUAACUCAAAGAUCUUUGUUCCUUUGUCGUAAGUGUGACGUAGGAUUUAAUGUUAAGUCAACUGAGAAUUAACAGUUUACACGGAGUGUCGUUAUUCAGCAAGUGUAGUACACAAUUCAACUUGUCGCGCCAACAAUAACAGUUUUCUAUCCUUGUCUUAGUGCCCCUGAGUUUUUUUCUAAACGAAACGCUCAAACUUAAAUGCGUAUUUUCGAUUUGGAAAUUGCCACCAGCCAGCUUCCCUCCACGCCCCCGACGUUUUUUCACACUUACACACCGCUAAUACGCGUUCUAUGAUUCGCACAAUCUUGAAAAGGUUUUGAAUUUUAGUGACUGUCUUGAAAAGUCCUUGAAUUCGGUUAAUGUCCUUGAAAGUACUUGAUUUCUAUAUUAUAUCUUUAAAAAUCCUUGAAAUUCACUACUUUGUCUAAGAACAUUUUUGUGCAUGAGUAAUAUCUUACUUCUGUUACUUUAUUUUAAAUGCUGUUUCUGUACCUCAGAUGCAAUUGCAGGUCAUACCCAGUCAUUUUACAAAGUGUUGUCGCGGAAAGUAGUAUAAAAUAAUGUGAUCAACCAUGGCUAAGAAGUAAAAAUCGUAAAUGACUCCAUGACGUGUUUUAGCCAAUAAUGUGUUCAAAAGGGGGUUAAAGAAUGCCGAUUUAUUGAAUAAAUCUUUGUCCUUGAAAAGUCCUGGAAAUUUGUUUGUGUGAAGUUGUCGAACCAUUGCGUUCACUUGUAGCAGAAACAAGAAACAAAAAUGGAAGACUAUAUAUGAAGUCUUACUAAGGUCAUCUCUCUUUCCACCUGCAGGGCUCACCGUGAUUCAUCUUUUAGACCGUCUUUAGCUUCAACCAGCAGUCACACAGACGGAAGUAAAGGCAGUUACAGAAGGUAAGAUUCCUUCAUACUGUUUUGUUUGAAGGCGAUUCCUGCUAUACAAGGUUUCCUUAAGUGAGGGUGGAUGAUCAUUAGCGCUUUGUGCUUUAUAACAAAUCCGGAACUUUUCUCCACGGUGAGGUAGGUGUAUAAAUGGGCAUGUUGGUGUGGCGAUCCAUUAAUGGACAAGUAACUUCAAAGCACUUCAGUUGUCUUUCUCUCUCCUCUCAGGUGUACAAGUGGGCGAUACAUAGUCACUGAGUUGUUUCCGUAGACAGGAAACUUUGUUUCAUAUUGUCCCCACCCAGAUGUGUAGCUGGGUUCAAUAGCAGUGUGUUGUUUUGCAGGCAAACAACUUUGAUCCACAUUCUCCCUUGCACCAGUUCCAUUCCACUAUCUUUGUUUUGCAACUUGAGGGGCCAUAACUGGUCUAGUAUAUCUCUACACUCCGGUGUUAAAACGGAUACCGGCAGCCUAAUGCUAGAGCUAACACUCCGGUACACUUACAUCCGGUGAUCCAUUGUGAAGAAGAAGUGCCUUAAAUAAAGAAUCUGCUACCUUGUGGCUCGUUUGUGGUCUUAACUAAGUCAAGCAUUUUUUUUCCGUUUCAGCCCUAAGAGACGCUCGACAUCAAGCUACCGAAAACAAGGCAAGCUGUUGGGGCAGGACUUUUCACGGCUGCUUGAUCAAGGACUUUGACACCGAAAAUCGAUACGAGGAAAGAAAUGGAUCAUCAAGAAACUUCUCAUCACAUGUUUUCUCAUUUGUACACUUUGCAGCUAAAUAUCAGGUUUCUUACCCUCUACAGCAACCUACCACUACCACAACUACUAUUACUGUUGAGUUCUCAAGACUUUCAACAUUUGAUUAAGGCUAAGACCUCAAACUGUUUUUAAUUGCUGUUCAACAAUGUCGCGACGGAUUAAAUGAGAACAGGGCCAAAACUUCAGUUGUGCACGCCCUCGUGAGUGUUGGAGCAAACAAAAACCAAAGCCAAGCAAUACAAAACGUUGUAUCUUACGGUUGACCUGCGUCGCUAAAAAACUCCCGGUUCUGAGCGUUAUAUACGGAUAGUUUUGAAACAUCAUGGUACUCAUGUAAUUUGCUGCUUUUCUUCUUUUCCUUUCCAUUCAAGACUUUUACCUUUUCUUUUUAGGCCAUUUUUUCAUACGUUUUAGCCAUGUAAUUUAUUUAGUAUUUAUUUUUAUAAAUAAAAAGUAUUGC